AUGGAUGAAAGGUGGGGCAAGACAACUUUCUCAGGCCUAGAAGCCGCAAAGACCGGAGUGUACUAUGAGAAAGGCGGAAAGCCAGGAGCGCUCACGAACUCCGGGACCCCAACCCUUUGCUCGGUCCUGCCCCACCUACACUCAGCGUGGACUGCGGCCAACUCCGGACCCAAGACCCGCCUUAGAACGUGCUAUUUUCUGGCCCUUGCACAGCCCGAAACCCGCAAGUGGCUAGUUCCUAGCGAUCCACGAGGCACUAUGCCAAUCGGAAGUGGCCCAGCCUCUGCACCGCCUCCGGGAGCUUGCUGUGCAAACCUUAGCUGCCUGAGCAGGACGCUCGUGCGGAAGGAGUGGUGGAGCCAUGCCAUGCAGCUCCCCAAGGACGCCACUGGGCACAGCCCGCUGGCCUUAGUGUCUAUUAUCCUCCCAGUGCACAAUGCUGAACAGUGGUUGGAUGAGUGCUUGGCAUCUGUUUUACAGCAAGACUUUGAAGGCACCAUGGAGCUCUCUGUUUUUAAUGAUGCCAGCAAGGACAAGUCUAGGAUCAUCAUUGAAAAAUGGAAGGGGAAACUGGAAGAUUCUGGCAUCUCUGUAGUUAUUGGAGGCCAUGACUCUCCUUCUCCCAGAGGAGGAAGGAGAGGAUCAGUAACCAAAAAGCCGUACAAUCCUAUUUUGGGUGAGAUCUUCCAAUGUCACUGGACAUUGCCGAAUGAUACUGAAGAGAACAUGGAGCUCGUUUCAGAUGAAGAUCAGAGGACUACUUUCAGGACUUGGUUCUUACCUUGUACUCCAAUGUAUGCUGGUCAGCAAGCUUCUGGGUGA